AUGAAAAGAAAUGUUGAUAAGAGCACUGUAGUAAAUAAAGGAGUCUGGUUUAAAAACAAAACUUAUAAGGGUUCAAAUUUUAUAUUCCCAACGAGUUCAGAUUUAGACAAUGUUCUUCAGAAUAAUUUCGACGCGUUCGAAGAAAAUGUACAAUCUCCAUUUUCAUCAAACUAUAUUGACAGAAGCAAAAGAUCUCCAAGUUAUAAAUCCAAAUCUAGCAAAAGUCGUGAUGAGUGCAAAGAUAAAUCUAAAUGUCAGAAACAAAAUUCAUCAUCUCAAAUACAUUCUAAAUUUAUAUCAACACUAAAACCAGCGUCUGUAUUUAACGAUUAUCCUUUCGAAGUAGCUGUUUUGUUGAGUAAUAAUAACGAUGAAAGUUUAAACUUAGAACGUAAUUCUAUUAAUAUUCCUGAGAAAGAUGUAAACAGAGUAAAAUUGGUAGAACAAAAAUCAGACGAAGCUUCUGCAAACAUCAAAGAUAUAAGAAAAGACUUACGUAUGAAUUCAGGUCUUGAAAAAGAAUUAAAACCCGAAUCAAUUCAUUUACCGCUUAAUGUGCCCACUAAAGACGAUGUUACUAACGUAAAUAAAACUUUGAUUGUGCCAAAACGUAGCAUGAAUCAACAAAAUUUCGAAAAUGAAUUGAUUAAGAAGAUUGAAGAGUUUAAUAAUACAGACAGUUAUAAAUUAAAAAACGAUAGAAAUAUAUUCGAAAAAGAACCUGUAGCUUGGCAUAAGCCACUCCCACCAUCCAAAGUUAAUAUUUACAAAGUUGUUCCUAAACCCACGGAAGAUGUUAAAAAAAGGAUUAAUGAACGCGGUCUUAUUAAAGUUUUAUCUAUGCUGACAAAAACUUUUAAGAAAAUAAUGAAACAACACAGUGACAUAAAGCAAAUUCAUAACAAAUUAUACAACUUAAAUGAUGAUUUUAUAAAAAAUAUUGAUUUAUUGACAAAAAAGUUUGAAGAUUUCAAUGUAAGAUAUUCUGAAAUAAUGAAAGUUAGUCAAAAUCUACAAAGAAUGGAAGUUAAAAUAAGAGAUAAAGAAUUGAAUUAUAAUAAAAAAGAAAAAGAAUUUUCGAAAGAAUUAACAAAAUUCGAAAAUCAACAAAAAAAGUUUCUGGCACAGCAACGCCAGUUCUAUAACGUGCAAAAAGUGUUGUUACAACAAAAUGAGCAAAUAAACAUAAAACAAAAUUUGAUAACUAAAAUACAGAGUGAAAUUUCUCACAGACAAAAUAACUUAGCGAAAGUUUUGAAAAAGGGAAAGCAAUUUCAUAUAGACUAUAAGCAUUCGGGAACAUCUAUUUCCAAACCAAUACAACCAGUUUUAAAUACUAAGGUAGUACCAACACCUUUUACUACCGAAUCAGUUAAAAUUAACCUUUUUUCUGUUCCAACCGUUAGUCAGUUAAAGGAUCAAGAUCAACUGAUUAUGGGUGAAAAGGAUUCUCAACCGGUCGAUGAUUUAAUAUAUAAAUAUUACUUUAACAAUACAUUUAUAGAUGAUAUAAUGAAGAACAAAAUUUUAGCUUCAUUUAUAGCUUCAGAAAGCACAUUCAAUAAUAAAACUAAAAAUAAACGAAAUGAAGUUAAUCUUAAUACAACAAUACUUUUACCUAUUAAUAAAACAAAAAGUAAAAUUCGAAAUCGACGAUGGAUCAAAAAUUUAAAAAAAUAUCACUUAAAGGAGACAAGACGUAACGAAACAAAGACUCCAACUUUAAGUUCAAAAGUUAAGGAUAAUUUAGCAAAUAAUAAUAGCAAAGAUCCAUUUCAGAAUAUGGCACUAAAUUUCUGCAGGGAAAUAGGACAAAAUGUAAAUACUCAAAUAUUGAAUUGGUGUAUUGAAAAAAUUUUAAGAAGAUUGAAAGUAAUAGAUUUAAAGAGGCCAUCUUCAAUUCAAAUCAAUGAAGUGAAAAAAAAACAAGGACUUGGUAAAAGUACAUUACCAAAGCAACCUUUUGUAUCAACUACAGCGAAUACAUUGAAUAAGAAAGUGGACACCGCUACAAGUUCUGCAGUCACAAAACAAACCACAUUUAACGUGUUCUUUCCAGAUAAUGAUGACCUUGAAAACAAAUUAAAAGAGUACGGUAAGUCGGAUGUUAUCUUUAUUAUCCUAAAAGUUCGAGACCCGGAAUUUGAACCCACUUCACUCGGUUUCCCAAGCGAGCACGCUACCACUGAAUUGACACCAGAUCCUGAAGGGACAGUGUAUUACGACGGCAGUUUGCACUCCAGCGAUCUAGGACAUAAAUUUAACGUAGACAGUGAAGGAUUUUCCGAUAUAAUGCCAGGACUUGACAGUGAUUCGAGGAUCCAAGUGGAUCCUUUCGCCAUAGAUCUUCAAGAGCAGAGACGUGCAGAAGUGAGAAAAAUCAACGCAAGGAUAAUGAAGAUGAAGAUGGGA